AGCCAACACUCACUGCAUCUGGAUUGGCACGCGGGAUAGGCGUGCUGUGCUGGUGACGGCGGCGGCAGUCAGGCUCGCCAAUCCACCUUCAUCAUGCCGACUCCCUAGCUGUAACAUGUGCACCAGCAUCAACCCUCCAUGAGCCUUUUUUAGCAGCCAGAUUGCUUAACCUCUGACGCUGGGCAUGCGAAAGAGGUUGAACCCUCCAUCCGCUGCACUUGCAUAGCUUCUUCACGAUGCAGCCUUGCAGCGCAUUCUCAAAUCACGCUCCACUUGUUCUGAAAUCCGAGACCAGGCUGAAGGGAGGAAACUGCGGUACCUUUAAUCUCAACCUUGAACCCCAUCCCCUCUCCUUCUGCCACCAGCGACUGACAAACCUAACCCCUUAUUUCCCAACCUGACCACUCCACUGGGUGACCCGCUUCAACCCUACCUCCUGAGGACGCAGUACCGUCCAUAGCCUUGUACCAGAAAGACAUUCACACUUUUGAGAGAGGGAUUCCCUUUCUCUUUUCUUCUUGUCUCUACUCUUCCAUACUCGACUCUACUUUACCCUACUCGACCCUACUCUAUUCUACCAUCCCCUACCCUACUUCCUACUACCUACCCAACCUUGCACUUCUUCCUUCUUCACAGCUCAGCAUAUACCCACACACCGUCCUCAAGCUUCCACGAUCCACUUCACAUAGCCCUUCACCACAUCACAGCUUGAAAUUCAUAGUUCCCUCCCCGCCUACACCUCUUUCCAAAUCAAACAAUCAUGUCCACCACAAAUGACACCGCCAUGUCAGACGAAGAGAUGGACAGAGUCUGGAAGCCAAGUAAGAGUGUUCGUCCACAAUCGUAGGUUAUCCAGAAUCCCAGAAUGAAAAUACCCUCAAUGGCAUCAUCUUCGCAUGACUGACCAUCGCCCCCCCUCAGAGCAAUGGCGCAAUCCUUCUCCCUCGCCCUGAACGACCUCUUCAAAAUCGACAACAGCAUCGCCGACCUCGACGCCGCCGUAUCAGAAAAGUCAGUCCUCCUCUAACCCCAACCUACACCCUCUCACAGUACCCGCAGAAAACGAGUAGUCUCCUCCCAAACCUCGGAGCUCGAAGCCCUCGAGGCGCGUCUAAAAGCGACCGAAGCCCGCCUCGCAGCCAAACAAGCAGGCGGCGGCACCUCCCCCAACAUCUCACGCUCCAACUCGGCCGCAACACCCUCUUCGCGUCCGUCGUCGCGUCGAGCCGCCCCCUUAGACGGCAGCACAUUCAACCGCGUGCCCUCGGCAGCCGACUUGCAGAUGCCCAAGAGUCCGCUGGGCCCUCGACCCACGAGUUCCCAGAAGCAUACUUAUACGGCGUAUAGCCCACCCGUGCCAGGCGGACUGCCACCAACUCCCGGUGCUAGCGAAGGUGAAUAUGGAUCCGAAUCCGAAUAUGUGGUUGUUUGAGCGAGAAACCAAGAAAAAGAAUGUAUGCUGACUGAGGAUUGUGUUUUGGAAGAUGAAGCUCAGCAGAAACCUUGAUAUUUUUAAUUCGACCGCAACGCAGUUAGAUUCGCCCUUUUUUGUUGUGGUUCCUCCUUUUUUUCCCGCCCGCCAACAUUAACACCAAAGGAGCCAGUAGGGAAGGAAGUGGAGGGGAUAGGAUACGAGAAAACCAACCGACCACCCAACAAAUAAACAAAUAUAGAAUGGAAGGAAGGAAGGUAGACAUGGCGGGGGAGGAGGAAUGAAAAGGAAUAUAUUUGCAUUCAUAUCUGGCGUAUGGGUUAUUACUCGCUUCUUCUUUUUUUUUGUUUUGACUCGAAUUCCCCAAGAUUCGAAUAUUCUCUGUUUUUCUCUUCCUUUUGUUUUUGCUAAGAUUGCGUUGCGUUGCACACCAUUUACCGUUGGGAUGAUACACUCGUUGGAUAGAAAAUUGGGGUUGGGGGCGUGUUCUUUUGUUCUUUUGUUGUUUCGCUUGGUUUCUGCUUGGUAGUAUGUGGUGCUAUGUGUGUGUCUGGUGUGUAGGUGGUGUGUGUCUGGUGUGUAGGUGGUGUGUGUCUGGUGUGUAGGUGGUGUGUGUCUGG